AUGGAAAGAGGAAUUGCUUCUAUUGCUGCUAGCAAUGGCUUACUGGAACAGUUGGAUAGUGAACGUCAUAACUUAUCGUUGCUUAAAAAUUCGAACGAAUGGGAACCUCCUAAAAUUAAUAAAGAACUAGCGGCUAAGCUGCAUGCUGAAAUUAUUGUCGAAGACAAAAAAUUCAAUAGGAAAAUCAGAAGAAAGAAAGAAAAUGCUUCCAGUCUACUUGAAGACGAGCGUUUUAAACAAAUGUUCUCAAACCCAGAUUUUCAAAUCGAUGAAACAAGUGAACAGUUUCAACUUAUCAAUCCUGCACUCAAAAAAUUGGAAGCUAAACGCAAUAAAUCUAAAUUUAAAUUACGAGAAAAUGAAAUCUUGAAGGAUAAAACGGAUGAUAUUCCCGGAAGUAAUCUCCUCUCUAAUGAAGAAAUUCAUGCUUCAUGUUCUAGCAGUGAAAGUGAUCUUGAUGAAAAGGAUAAUGGCAAUAAUGAGAGUAAUGAAAAUCAUUUAGAAGAUUUCGUUAUUCCCAUCGAAACGCAAACAGAAGGUGAUCAUGUCGAAGAGAGUCAGGGAAAAACGAAAAUAAGAAAAAAACCACGAGGAUUUAAAUUAUUUGAAUUAGAAACUGGUGAAGAUGCUUCGCAAUUCUUGCUCAGUACUGCGUCAGGAGUUCGUUCAUUUUUAAUACAUGUGUGA